CUACAAUUGUUAUAAACACACAGUUAUAAAUGUAUAAUAUAUAUUAAAUAUUCGCUGACAAAGGCCAAAGAAAAUAUUAAAUUUUAAGUAUUCUUUUAAUCGGAAAUUCGAUACUAAACGGCGAUGACAUUUUUGGAGUUUUUGUUCAUACUUUUAAUUAGUUACUAUUUUAUUUAUUUUAUUCUUUGGUUAAUUUUGGAUUGCAAUGUCGAACUUUGGUACAAUACAUAUUUUGGUUUGCCUAUUUCAUCAAUGCGCGGUCAAGUUGUGUGGGUGACGGGAGCUUCAUCUGGUAUUGGCAAAGCACUGGCCCUUAUAUUGGCUAAGCAUGGAGUACGGCUGGUAAUUUCUGCUAGACGAGAAAACUUGUUGGAAUUGCUGAAGAAAGAUUGCCUGGAUCGUGCUAAUGGUUUAUUAUCUGAAGAUGACAUACUUGUAAUGCCAAUGGAUGUUUUGAAUGUUUCCAAACAUGAAUAUUACUUUGAGAGAGUAAUAAAACAUUUUGGACAUUUGAAUAUUUUAGUCAAUAAUGCAGGACGUUCACAACGAGCAAGCUGGGAAGAUAUACAAGUUCAAGUUGAUCGAGACCUCUUUGAAUUAGAUGUUUUUUCAGUUGUCAAUCUUUCACGAAUUGUUGUCCGUUACUUCUUGGAGCAGCCUAAUAGGCGAGGUCAUAUUGUGACUACAUCAAGUAUUGCUGGUUUGGCCCCUGUCCCUUUUUCAUCCACUUACUGUGCAGCAAAAUCGGCUAUUAAUGCAUAUCUGAACGCUCUUCGUAUUGAACAACGUGGCAUUGAUGUCAGCAUAUUUUGCCCAGGACCCAUCGCUACAGAUUUCCUCAAGGAAGCAUUCACUGCCGACCCAGAACAAAUGUAUGGAAAAAGCACAAAAGGUCAAAAACGAAUGACAGUGGAGAGAUGUGGCACAUUGUUUGCUACAAUGAUUGUAAAUAAAUUAGACCUAUCUUGGUGUGGUUUAUUUCCAGUAAAUUUUUUGGCACAUGCGAGUCGUUAUCCAGGACUAGCAAAAUUAGUUACCAAUCUAAUGGGUAAAAAUACACUGAACAAAAUACGUGAGGGGAAACUCUAAUUUUAUUCUUGUUAAAGGUUGGUAAAGUAAUGAAGAGUAAAGCAAAAUAAUUAAAUUAUCCACUUAUCUAUUAACAUUCUUUAUUGAACUAAUUUUAAUAUUUCGAAGAACUUUAAUUAAGCUCUUUUUAUUGAUGUAAAAACAAAUGUAUAUGACUAUUAAUAAUAAUAAUACAAAGAAGUCAUAUAUCAAA